AUGGCGCCCCUCCCCCACGAAAUCCCUCUCUCCCAAUCUCCAGAUUCCAUCAACAGAACGACACCCUCCCUAUCUGCUUCGCAGAACAACGCCGGCAAAACUGUAAAACUCACAAGCAUAGACGACUGGAUACUGGAGGCCGUGGCUCUGGUCGUCUCAGCCGGAACCAUUGUCGCGAUUGCCGCGAUUCUAAGCCACUUCGAUGGUCAGCAGCAACCGGACUGGCCCCGCGUCUCUCUCAACUCGGUGAUUUCGUGGCUGAGUACCAUCGCCAGUGCGGGUCUUAUGUUUGCCCUCACCAACUCCCCGGGGCAGUUGAAGUGGGUAUGGUUCGCGCGCCAGAAGAAGCGGCUGUCCGAUCUCAAGCCGUUUGACUCGGCCAGUCGUGGGGGGCUGAUUGGAAGCUUAGAGCUACUGUGGCUCCUCAAAGGCCGUCACUUUGCCGUGCUUGGUAGCCUCACUGCGAUACUCGCGAUCGGAUUCGAUCCGUUCGUUCAGAACCUCCUUCACUAUGUGUCGAGCGCCAUCGAAUCGCCCUCCCAGGUCUCUCUCCUCGGCGCCACAUCCCUAUAUAACGUUGCUGGUCCAAUCAUUGGAGCAGAUUUUCAUUACGUGAAUCCCAUCCUUAAAGCCAACGUCUACAGUGCCCUCUUCAAUCUUGAUCCCACCGCCCCCUGGACCACUCCCCAAUAUACCUGUCCAACGGGGAACUGCACCUGGGAUCCAAUAUCCACCUUGGCUAUGCGGGCCCUCUGCUCCGACGUCACGCCGCAUAUCAAUCGCACAUGCACGACCACCACCUCGGACAUCCAGAACUGCACGGUGCGCCUUGGGGACGAUGGACCCACCGCCUGGUACCGCGAAGGCGGAUCUACCUCGCAGCCCAUGGCGAUGGCCGCCGUCGCCAGCACCGAGGCCCUGGUGUACACGAACAGCACCUUCCCGGUAAUUCAAUACGUGCUCGCUGCCGGAUCCAACAACAACUCCGAAGCCACCUGGGAGAUCGCAGCCAGCAUCAACAACAGCACCAGGUUCCUCGCCACGGAGUGUGCGCUCGAGCCGAUCGUCCGAAGCGUCCGCGCCGCCGUCUCCUCCGGCACCUACAUGGAAACCGUUCUGACCGAGUGGUCCCCCUAUUACUACCCCAACGACUCCAGCAUCUUUGAGUUCGCACUGAUCCCGCCGACCGGGAACACGACCUUCGGAAUGGGCUACGAAGCCUGGUCCUCUCUCACGUUCUUCGUCUCAACACUAUUCACCGGAUUUGUCUACGCCUCAUCAGGGACCUUCGGUUUCGCCGCUGGUUCCGCCGCCUCCUACGCAGUCACCGAUACGAUCGAGGCAAUCUUCUACGGCAAUUUCAGCACCACCGCCACCUCCCCGACGAUCAGGAGCUAUAACGCCCGCAACCAGUGCACCGACCAGCUCAGCUGCGCCGUGACCAACGUCGCUGCCGCCAUGUCCAAGACCAUCCGGGACGCGGUGUUCACCAGCAGCAGCAGCAGCCGGACCGGCAGUCAAACGACCGGCCACACAAUGGUAAUGGUCUCGUUUGUCGCGGUGCACUGGGAGUGGCUCGCGCUUCCGGCGGUGGUGUGGGUGCUGAGCUGUGCGGUGUGGCUCGGGACUGCGGUCCAGACGCGGCGGCUGCAUCUGCAUACGUGGGGGACGAACCCGUUGCCUCUGCUGUUCUUAUAUCGGGGGACGGGGGCGCACGAGAACGAGAGCGAGAAUGAGAAUGGCGAUGUAAACGCGGAUGUGGACCAUCCCCGGCAGUUGGAUCGUCCGACGGCAUGGACGACGAGCGCUCUCGACCACGCUGCCGAAAAGCUCCGGGUGAGGCUGGUUACGAAUGCGCACGAGGUAGCGUUGCAUGGUUGA